GCGCUGCAGCCCCCGGGCUGCUCCCGGCCUGCGGUUCAGUGCUGACUUCUGGCUGCGUCUCCGGCAUCACCAGGGUCCGCUGGCCAUCUGGGAGUGACCGGUGCCAGCCCCGCUGGGGUGGUCUCGUCAAACGCAGCCUUGGGCUCCCCUGGCUCCAUGUGAACCUUCGCUCAUGUGUCGUGCCUGUCUUUGCUUUCCAGACCCGUGGUAAUGACAUGGCCUCCGCCAGCUGCAGCAGGGCCGGGGCAGGGCUGCCCUGUGAGAAAUCCCAGCUCUCGCUGAAAGUGGUGUCCAUGAAGCCGAAGGUGUACAGCCGCCAGUCCCGAAUCAACAGCUACGUGGAAGUGACGGUGGAUGGACUUUCCGGCGAGACCAAGAGGACGGGGAAGCGGACUGGGAGCUCCGAGCUGCUCUGGAACGAGAUCCUCACCCUGAAUGUCACCUCCCAGAGUCUCCUGGAUCUGAAGGUCUGGAGCUGCCACGCCCUGAGGAAUGAGUUGCUGGGCAUGGCCUCCAUCAACCUAGCUAUCCUCCUGAAGAGCAGUGGGAAACUAGAGAACACGCAGCUGAUCCUGAACCUGCAGACGGAGAACAAAGGCAGCGUUGUCUCUGGCGGAGAGCUGACGAUUUUCCUGGACGGGCCGACUGUUGAUCUGGGAAGCCUGCCUAAUGGCAGUGCCGUGACAGAGGGGUCCCAGCUGCCCAGACAGGACUCCAGCAGCACUGCGGCAGCUGCAGAAAGCCGCCACCAGCCUCCCAGCACCAAAUGCUUUGGCAGCAGGUCCAGAACGCACAGACACACAGCGGGAGCAGCCAGGCAGAAUGCGGGGAACGGCGAGGCCAGCCCCAGCACCAGGACACGGCACCAGCAGCUAGCCAAGAGCCAGAGCCAGGGCAGCACAGUGAACGGCACAGUGAAUGGCGACUCUGCAGGGGCCACCGACACUGAGGAGGAGCGGUCUGCAGCGGGCACAGCCUCCCCACCAGCAGCGGCAUUGAGUGCGACUGGCAGCGCCAUGGCAGCUGCCCUGCCUGCCGCAGCUGUGCCUGGGGAAGCAGAGGAGCCAGCCUCUGGCUCAGGCACGCAGCAGCCCCAGGAGGCCACGCAGGUCCUGGAUGCGCUCCCACCUGGGUGGGAACAGCGAGAGCUGCCUAAUGGCCGGGUCUAUUACGUGGACCAUAACACCAAGACGACCACCUGGGAGAGACCUCUUCCCCCAGGCUGGGGGAACCUGCCACUUUCACCCUCGGCACCAUCCAAGAUGCUGCAGGGACCCCUCGCUGAGCACCUGGAUGUGCUCUGUCCUUCCCUGCCCGGGCUCUGCUGCCAGCUCGGGAGCAGACCAGCCCCGAGGUGGGAGAAGCGGGUGGACCCCCGCGGCAGGUCCUACUACGUGGACCACAACACCCGCACCACCACCUGGCAGCGCCCCACGGCCGAGUACGUGCGCAACUACGAGCAGUGGCAGUCGCAGCGGAGCCAGCUCCAGGGCGCCAUGCAGCAGUUCAGCCAGCGGUUCCUCUACCAGUCGUCCAGCGCCGCAUCCGACAAUGACCCUCUCGGCUCCCUUCCUCCCGGCUGGGAAAAGAGACAGGACAAUGGGCGAAUGUAUUACGUGAACCACAACACGCGGACCACGCAGUGGGAAGACCCUCGCACACAGGGGAUGAUGAUGCAGGAGCUGGCCCUGCCCCUGGGCUGGGAGAUGAAGUACACCAGCGAAGGCGUGCGCUACUUUGUGGAUCACAACACCCGCACCACCACGUUCAAGGACCCGCGCCCCGGGUUCGAGUCUGGGAGCAAGCAGGGGGGCUCGCCGGGGGCUUACGACCGCAGCUUUCGCUGGAAGUACCACCAGUUCCGCUUCCUGUGUCACUCGAACGCGCUGCCCAGCCACGUGAAGAUCAGCGUUUCCCGGCAGACGCUCUUUGAGGACUCCUUCCAGCAGAUCAUGAACAUGAAGGCCUACGACCUGCGGCGCCGGCUGUACAUCAUCAUGCGCGGUGAGGAGGGGCUGGACUACGGCGGCAUCGCCCGGGAGUGGUUCUUCCUCCUGUCCCACGAGGUGCUCAACCCCAUGUACUGCCUCUUCGAGUACGCUGGGAAGAACAACUACUGCCUGCAGAUCAACCCUGCCUCCUCCAUCAACCCCGACCACCUCACCUACUUCCGCUUCAUCGGCCGCUUCAUCGCCAUGGCCCUGUACCAUGGGAAGUUCAUCGACACCGGCUUCACGCUGCCUUUCUACAAGCGCAUGCUGAACAAGCGGCCCACGCUGAAGGACCUGGAGUCCAUCGACCCCGAGUUCUACAACUCCAUCGUCUGGAUCAAGGAGAACAGCCUGGAGGAGUGCGGCCUGGAGCUCUACUUCAUCCAGGACAUGGAGAUCCUGGGCAAGGUGACGACCCACGAGCUGAAGGAGGGCGGCGAGAGCAUCCGGGUGACAGAGGAGAACAAGGAAGAGUACAUCAUGCUGCUGACAGACUGGAGGUUCACGCGGGGCGUGGAGGAGCAGACCAAGGCCUUCCUGGAUGGCUUCAACGAGGUGGUGCCACUGGAGUGGCUGCGGUACUUUGACGAGAAGGAGCUGGAGCUGAUGCUGUGCGGCAUGCAGGAGAUCGACAUGAACGACUGGCAGAAGAACACGAUCUACCGGCACUACACCAAGAACAGCAAGCAGAUCCAAUGGUUCUGGCAGGUCGUCAAGGAGAUGGACAAUGAGAAGAGGAUCCGGCUGUUGCAGUUUGUGACGGGGACCUGCCGCCUGCCGGUCGGAGGAUUCAUGGAGCUCAUCGGCAGCAACGGGCCGCAGAAGUUCUGCAUCGAUAAGGUUGGCAAGGAGCCGGGGCUGCCGCGGAGCCACACCUGCUUUAACCGCCUGGACCUUCCCCCCUACAAGAGCUACGAACAGCUGAAGGAGAAGCUGCUUUAUGCCAUCGAGGAGACCGAGGGCUUUGGCCAGGAGUGAGGGAGCCGGCCUUUCCCUGCCCGACCAGGCUGCCUGAACGCCCAGCAGGCGCCAGGAACAGGCUGCGCGCUGUGAGCGCCUGCUUGGGGUGGAGGCGGGAGGAGCCCAUGCCAGUUCCUCUCUCCGUCCUCCCCAGAGGCAGCUGCAGCCAGUGGCAGCCUCUUGUCACUCGUGCCAGCGCCGCCCGAGGGGGACAGGCCUGUGCUCCCUCCCAGAGCAGUGCGAGCUGCUCUGGGGGGCGGGGGCAGGGGCAGGGAGGGCACCAGCACCUUGCUGCGUGGGGCAGGGGCAUCAGGCCCCCUGGGGAGGGGUCUCUGGCCACGUUCAUGCUAAACUGUCCCUAGCCCAGUGCCUGAGCUGCUGAUCCUGGGGUCUGAGGCCCAGGCACAGCAGGGACUCCUGCCCCCUCUCCCACAAACGCCUCCCUAUCCCCACACGUGCCCGGGGCAGAGCCACCUCACACCAAAGACGCGGGCGCGAUCGUUACCUCUCCCCAGCACGGGGUGUUGCAGGAGCCAGGCAGCGGAUUCAGAGCACGCCCGCUUCCUCCUCCGUGCCGCGUGUUCGUGCUCCUCCCAGCCCGGAGCUGCUGGGCCACGUCCCCGCAGCCCUUUGGAGUGAGGCUUCUGCCUGGAGCCGCGGGCGGCCAGAGCCCAGAGCUGCCCGGACUGCUUUGCCGAGGGCGCUUGCUACGCUCCAGAGCCGGGACGGGGCUCUGUAUAACGAGCUGCAGUUAAAGGGCGGGGGGCACUGGUUUUCACAGGGAGCUCUUCUCAUGUGUUCCCUGCCUCUUGGGGCGUCCUGCUACACGGGGGCAAAAUGGGAAGUCAGCUCUGGCUUUGGCAGCCACGGAGUCUUACACACGUGAGCCCUUGGCAGAGGCUCCUGUUGGCUUUCCUGGGAAGGGGUCAGGCCCCAGGCCGGGGAGCCACCCUCCCCGACUGCCCUUUUCCUCACGCCGCGGCUCAGGGGCUCGCCGGGGCCAUGCACGGAGCGAGUGGGCUUGUGAAUUUGGCCCCCAGAAGCUCGGGCUGGGGGCGGGGAGGACUCCGGGGCAGGCUGGCCUGGCCGGGGGCUGUGCUGCUUGCUGCAUGUUUCGGUUUGCGAGUGCGUGUGGCCCGCGUGCUCUUUAUUUAAUGAUACGAGCGGGAGGCAGCGCUUGGCCGUGGUGCUCCUCGGUCCGCGCCGCGCAGCUCCGUCCCGGUGCGGGCACGCAGCACCCCGUUCUCACUCCGGGCCUGCAGCCGGGGGCCGUGGAACGGGCACCCCCAUCUCGAACCAGCCACGUUAACUUCUUGAAGCAACGACCUUUCCAGCCGCGCCCCGGGGCCGGCAGCUGAGCACCCUCGCGGGGCUUGGGCCUGGUCUCCGGGCUUAAGCGCAGACUCGGGGCCUGAUGCUCCGGAUUCACCGCCCCGGUGUGAGUCAGACGCCCAGAACUGAGGCAGAAGCAGGCCCUUCCUUCCCCGGCAGCUUCUGCCGGUCUGAGCCGCGGCCCCGGAGCCCUUCCUGGCAGGCUGGCGAGCAGCCGCGGCCUGGGGGUGUGCGUGUGAGCGUGCGUGUGUGUGAGCAUCCGUGUACAUAUCUGUACAGAAACGAAGUCUAUGGAUACAAAAAAAAAAAAGGCAAUAGCUUUUGAUGGGUAACCUGGAUAGUUUUGUACUGCACCAUCCUGCCUCAGUGACGCCGAUUUCUUGUGCAAUAAACAAUAAGCA